AAUUGUCCAGCUCAGUAUCAACUACUUUGGUCUGGCUGCGCAAAUGAAGAGCACAUCGAUUAACUAUGAGUUGGUUUCACAAUCUAAUGUUAGCAGAGCAACCUGCCAUGCGUUUGCAAAGAUAGUCCCGCUAUGUGAAAAUUAUGUUCAGUAAUCAGGGCAUUCAACCCGUAACGGUUGUUUUUAACAACACAAAGAACUGCUUUCUUCAUCUUCCCUCGAAGUUGACGUCGCAUCUCUCCCUAAACGAGAACCAGGCUUUGGAGUUGUCCUGGGGCCAUGGACCUCCAGUUUUCCUCAGCUGGACUCACAGCAGAACCUCCUCCAGCCUGGACAGCCAUAAGGUGGAGCUGUGUCGACAGCUGGGAGAAAAGCUGGGCCUGAAAGACGGGGAGCAGGGUUUUCUGAGACCAUGUCACCAGGUCUCAUCAGUACAUCAAGUGUUUGUGGAGCCUCUGACAUCUGAUGACUGGGAAAUCUUGGAGCUCCACAGUGCAGCACUGGAGCAGCAGCUGCUCGAUCAGAUCAGAGUGGUUUUCCAAGAUGCUGUGUUUCCUGUGUGGGUGGACAACCACACAGCCAUCUACAUCCAAAUAGCAUCACUUUCACCGUCUGUGCCCUAUGGCCGCCUGGAGCAGUUCACAGAACUAGUUGUCUCUCCUAAGAAUCACACUGGAAUUGGCAGCCUCACUGGUAGUGCAGUGAGAGCAACAGAGAAGCACAAUUUUCACAGAAAGGAAGAUAUGGAUUGUUCUUCCCCCUCAGGACCGCGAUUAGAAGCUACAUCUCCCAUUCCUCAAAGCCACCAGUGGGGAGGCAUAACUGACCUGACGAGCCUGCUACGCUGUAUUAUAAAGGGUACUUAUGACCCAGUGAAAGAGCCUCCACCUGUACCCAACAUUCCUGCCCUCUUCACUGACUCUGUCUACAGGGUGUGUGGUGCACCUCCAGGCUCUCUUUGCACUAUAAGCCAAGUUGCAACUGGCAUUAUUCACUUAUUUCCUCUGAGCCAUUGGUCAAAUGCUGGGCUAAGUGGAGGUCAGUGUCCGGUGACUUAUGGCCUGCUCUCCAAGAUUCCCUCUCCUAAAGAAGCGAGGGACAGAGCCAAGCAGGCCAUGGAGAAAAAGAAGAACACAGGAGUUACUAAUGCUGAUGCCAUUGCGGAUGGAGGCGAGCAGACGAAAGAAGGGGAGGCCAUGGUGAUCAAGGUGGUGUGCCAUGGUACCGAGGAGCUUUCAGGCAAGGAAAGACGUCACAGCAAGGGAGAGAUCCAUAGUGGAAGAGUGUGGAUCCCUCCACCCCUGGCCGUGAGGUUGAAUAUCAUCCCAUAUUCAACAGUUAGAAUCAAGCCAGUCAAAUCAACUAUCAAAGUAGCCUACUCUAUUUGCCUACAGCCCCUGAAAGGACUGCCUGAGGAAGAUGAUGAAGAGAUACAGACAGCUUUUCUUGGUUGGCUGCACACUCAGAGUCAUGAUCCUUUAGCCUGUCUGACUCCACGGUCUGGCAACAUCCUCCUACAUGGAACAGAUGAAAAGUUAGAGUUUGCUUUAACUGUGCUGAAACCAGAAGCAGAGAAUGACCCUCCAGAUCAGCUGUUUCUAUUAGCACUUGCUGUCAUCCGAAAGGAAGACAUACAGAUAAACAGAGAGCCAGUGGCCAUGCCAGCUAUGAAAUCUGCAGCUGAAAUGCCCAAACCAGAGCUUCCCUCGCUCAGUAUUCUUGGUGGAAUCGAUGAGCUCAGUAGGACUGGAUUUGAGUUCAUCUCUCACAGCCUUCUGGGUAGUCCCCUCUCACGAGAGCUUGGUACCACUGGACGGGGUCUCCGAGGAGGAGCUCUCCUCAUCACUGGUGCUAAGGGAAGUGGAAAGAGCACUCUAUCCCGAGCCCUCUGCGGAAGAGCUAGAGAACAUCUGGAUGCACACGUUGAUGUCGUGGACUGCAAAAAACUACAAGGCAAAAGGGCUGAAACAGUGAGACAGAUGCUGCAGGAUGUUUUUGAACAGGCAGAGUGGAGGCAGCCUUCAGUUGUUCUUCUUGAUGAUUUGGACCAUGUGACCGGGGCACCAGCCUCACCGGAACACGAGCAUGGCCCUGAGGCACUGCUGCAGCAGCACAUUGCACAGAGUCUGAAGGAUGUGGUGGAUGAGGUGGUGGUUCACUCCAGCCUGGUGUGUCUUAUUAUCACCAGCCAGAGUGAGCAUUCCCUCCACCCCUCCCUGACUGAGGUGCAGGGGUCCCACUUCAUCCAGGGCUUUGUACACAUCCAGCCACCGGACCAGGCUCAACGAGCAGAAAUCCUGCGUCAUCUGAUCCUUAGAAAAACCAGCCUAUUGGAGGAGACCUUACAGACUCUAGACCUGGCAGCUGUAUCCAAGGAGACGGAGGGAUACACACCCCAAGACUUAGUACUACUGCUGGAGCGGGCUGUUCAUGCCAACACUGUACAAAGAGGACACAAUGACCAGGGUGUGUGUCUGUCUGCAAGCGACUUCAUACAGGCUCUCAAGGGAUUUACACCUCCCUCGCUGUGGGGUGUAGACCUCCAUAUGCCAAGUGGAGUUGGCCUGGAGAGGGUUGGGGGCUUGAGGGAGGUGCGACAGCAGCUAAUGGACACCAUACUGCUUCCUGCUAAGUAUCCCAUCCUGUUCUCCAAUCUUCCUAUCCGCCAUCGCUCAGGAGUAUUACUGUAUGGAGCUCCUGGUACAGGGAAGACACUGCUGGCCAGAGCUGUGGCCAGAGAAAGUGGUAUGAACUUCAUCAGCAUCAAGGGACCUGAACUUCUGAGUAAGUACAUUGGAGCUAGUGAGCAGGGAGUCCGUGAUGUCUUUCAGAGGGCACAAGCUGCCAAGCCGUGCAUCCUGUUCUUUGAUGAGUUUGACUCUCUGGCCCCCAGGAGGGGCCACGACAGCACGGGCGUCACCGACCGCGUAGUCAACCAGCUUCUUACCCAACUGGAUGGGGUUGAGGGACUGCAGGGUGUAUACGUGCUUGCAGCCACCAGCCGUCCAGAUCUGAUUGACCCAGCCCUGCUGAGACCUGGUCGACUGGAUAAGUCCCUCUACUGCCCUCCUCCUGACCUGGAGGCUCGUGUGGAGAUCCUCAAGGCUCUGAGUGCUGGUAUGGCCCUAGCUGCUGAUGUGGACCUGGAGCAGCUGGCGGCAGUGACGGAACAGUUCACCGGGGCUGACCUGAAGGCCCUGCUCUACAACGCCCAGCUGGAGGCUGUCCACAACAGCCUGGGCUCCAGCACAACACAUGAGCUGACCUCGGGCUCAGAAAGCGACAUGAGCCUGUCCUCCAUGAUCUUCCUGAACAACAGCAGUGGCUCAGAUGACUCGGUGGGGGAUGGGGAUGCAGGUGUGGGGCUGGACCAGUCUGUGGGUCUUAUGGAACCCAGUGAUCUUCAUGUAGAAGACGAAAAUCAUUGUGGGAAUGUCUGGAGACUCUACUUUGGAAGCUCUUACGAGUCAGAGGAGGGGAAUUCACCGAUUUCAGGACUGUGCACCUCCGGACCCAACUCUGUGACCCAUGACUUUACAAGGGCGUCGGUCCGUGACCCCGGCGGCUCAGUCCCACCUGCCUACAUGUCCUCUGUCCAAAGUGGGUAUGAAGAGCUCAGCCAGGAGCAGCUGGGUCGUCUACAACAAGAUAUUAAUAACAUCAAGAACAGCUACAGGAGAGCCAAUGAGGAUUGUGUCCGGGUACAUUCAUCCUCCAGCCAGCCUGGUCUGUUGCUGUGUCCGGCUCACGUGAACUCGGCCCUGGCUGCGACCAGACCAUCUCUCAGCAAAGCCGACUGGAACAGAUACACAAAACUGUAUGAAGCGUUUGGUGCAGGAGGCGGAAAAUCUCUUCACUCAGUCACACUUAAACCUGGACAGCGUGUGACUUUAGCUUGAUCAGACUUUGCACACCUAAUUUUUUGUUUUGUUGUCAAUAAAUAGUAACUUCUGUAUGAUGCCUUUAUAAUUUAACAAUCGGUGGAAUUUAACAGACUUGAUUUUGAACAUUUAUCUACUUAAAAUGUAGUUACUGUACAUAUGUAUAAUGAAUAUAAAUUAUGUAAUUGUUAAAAAUAAAACAUGAAAUUUGUACAAUCCUG